AUGACUAGGGACAGAUUUGAAAGCAUUAGAAGUGCUCUCCAUUUCAGCAACAAUGCCACGGCAGAUAAAAACGAUCGAGCUCGCAAAAUCUCAUCAUAUUGGAUAAUUUUAUCAUUGAUAUUCACCAUCCAUGCAACAUGGGCGACAAUUGUGGAGGAGAAUGUAACAGCAAAGUCUGCUGAUGCGACACUUGACUUGGAAAAUGCUGAGACGAAGGAUCCGACCAAAAAGUUGGAAAUCAUUAAGCAAAUCCGGAAGGUAAAUAAUGAUGGUUCGUACACUGUAGGAUAUGAGGCGGAAGAUGGUACGUUCAAAAUUGAGAGUCGUGAUGUGUUGGGAAAUGUGAAGGGAACGUAUGGAUAUGUGGAUUCAAAUGGGGAGAUCAAAAGAGUGUCAUAUACGGGAAAUAAUGGUACCACGGGUCUGAGGAACUAUCCUGCCAAUUUAUCGCAGGAAGACCCAACAACUCCCCCAUUGUCACAGCAGAGGAAUAAGACGUAUGGUGCUGUCUCAACAAGGAGGCCAGCAUCUCUUGCCUUCUUAUCAUCCACCACACAAUCACCAUCGGGUUUUGCAAAAUCCAGUGUCAUCCAGACAAUUCCACGGCGUCGCAUCUCCAUCCCCUCGUCCACAGAGCGCUCCCAGUACAGUCACUAUGCCACAUCGAAAGUCACAGAAGUCACCACGGCGAAUCCCACCACAGAACAUACAACAACGGUUAUAUAUGCUGAAUCUGUGCCUCCAUCAAAAUCAGUGGUUAUUGUACGUCCCACACCCCAUACCACCUCCUCCCAACGUCCCCCUGAACAAAUAACCCGACCCGACAAACUGGAAAUCAAUCAGGUGUCCAAAGUGAUGAUCACCAAGAGCAGAGAAACCUCAACAUCCAAGCCAGUUACGGAGGACGAUGUGGAGAAGGAGCUGGACCGAAAGUCCGUCCGGGGAAAUAAUUUGCGGCGACAGCUAGCCGAGAAGGAGGACCACUAUGAAGCUCAACCACAAAUUCUCUAUACCCAAGCAGCUGGUGAGGAUUCAUCCCAUGUCUAUGGCAGUGGCACGGGAAAUGUCCGACCCCUAUUUACCACCACAAGUAGCCCACGGAUUCCAUCCCUCGUCCUGGCAGCUCGUCAGAGGGCUGCUAAGCUGCAAAAUGCCAUCAAUACGGGUUCAGCACCAUCCACCACCACGGAGAAGGUUUAUGCCAGACCACCAAAUCGCCCUGAAGGUAUAACCACUGUCAAUACGUUUGAACAGACCACAGAAUCAACAGCAGAUCUAAAUUACUUGACACAAAGUCCCAUACCUGUAGUUCAAAUUCCAGCCAGUCAGGCCAGUGAGGAUGAGAGGAGGGUAUUUCGACAGAGGCAAGCCACCACCAACUAUCGUCCACCACCACCACGGGAGCUCUACAGACUUCCCCAGGCGGGAAGACCGAAUCCUGAGCAAUUUAUUCGUGAGACAACCCAAGUUCCCGGCCGAGAUGACGAUGAUCAGGACAAUUUCCGGCAAUUGCGAAGACCACCAGCUGUAGCAUCGCAAUACAAUGAUGGACACAGUGAUCCUGGAUAUGAGCAGCAAACUUAUCCUGUCCCAUUUGCACAGGGUCCCUUUGGGAGGCCCUAUCCUGGAGGUGGGGGACUGUAUGAUUAUCCCGAGAGACCUGUAACGGCGAGGGAUUUUGAGAGGCUUCUGCAUCUCCUUGUUCUGAGGUAUCAGCAAUUUCAGCAACCCUAUGGGAGAUUUGGCGGUGGUUACUACUCGCCGUAUACACCGUAUUUCGGAUCUCAAGGGUACACUCCCUAUCUCCCGAGUCACUUCCAGGGGUAUCAGCAAAUUCCCAGAGCUCCUCUGUAUGAUCCAGUGGGAUUCGACCCACGCUAUUCUUUCUUCAAUCGCGGAAUUCCUGGCUAUCGACAGUUCAGUGAACCGGAUAAUGUGUACCAAGCACCACAGGAUAUGUCCUCUGGUUACGAUGUCCAAAGACUGAUUCCGCGCAAGAAGCAAUUCAAUCCUCGGUACUUUGGCGCGUCCAGCCAGCAAACUGGCUACCAAGAUUCCUCGAAUCUUCAGCAAUUGGGUCAGGCCAGUGGGGUAGGUGGACAGGAUUAUUUGCCACCAGACGUGAGAGAAGAAUUACUCUAUCGAAUGCUGAUGCUUGCAAUUCAGAGUCCUGAGCAACAGGCUGCCAAUGUUCAAGCAGCAUCAGAACCCGCCGAAGUUAAAGCUCCACAACCCUUCCGCAAACCCGUGCGGAGUGUGCAGAUUUUAGGGGAGGAAUAGGAGAAGUGCCGAAAUGUUUUUUUUAUUAUACAAAUUUAACUAAUCCCAAAAAGUAUUCAAGAAGAUCUCUAUUUUUGGAGACAUGUCAUUCAUCUUCUUUUUUUUAAUAUCCUUUUCUCAUCCCAUCUUAGGAGGAUUUAAUGGCCAGUCUUUUUUUUUGUGUGAGACCAUCAAACCAAACAUACACGUUAUUUUCGUUUUUAAAUAUUUAAGUCGUAACAUGAUAGUGCAAUUUAUCCAGGAUAAUAUACUUUAAAUAUCUAAAAAAAAAAAGUUAUAUAUAGCCAGGAAAAAAUGUGAAGAAUUUAUUUGUGGAGGAAAAUGUAUGACUGCUGGAAAAUAAACAUGAAGUGUAUUAAAUUAUUUUCAACAUAUUUUCUUCUUC